AUGGAUCCGCGCAACCUUGAAAAGCAGCGAGAGCCAGAGGAGCCGCGCUUCCUCACGUUCCCGCAUCUGCCAGAGGAUGCCAUGCGAGAUGGCAAGCCUGCGUUGAACAAAUACUCGUCUACUCUUACUGCUGGCCAUAACUUUCCGGGAGCUCAGGCCAUGCUUUAUGCGGCUGGUGUUCCCUCGAAGGAAGCCAUGAAGACACAGCCUCACGUAGGCAUUGCGAGUGUAUGGUGGGAAGGCAACCCAUGCAAAACUGCAGUGCUCGACCUGGGAAAGGAGAUUAAGAAAAACGUCCAGGCUGACAAUAUGCUGGCAUGGCAGUACAACACUGUGGGCGUGUCGGAUGGUAUUACGAUGGGUGGAGAGGGCAUGCGCUUCUCUCUGCAGACUCGCGAGAUAAUAGCAGACAGUAUUGAGACGGUCACGUGCGCGCAACAUCACGACGCGUGUAUUGCCAUUCCCGGAUGCGACAAGAAUAUGCCUGGUGUCAUCAUGGCAUUUGCCCGUCACAACCGACCAUCGAUAAUGGUAUAUGGCGGCUCCAUAAUGCCAGGCUAUUCCGAGACGCUCAAGAAGCCCAUCAACAUUUCAACAUGCUACGAGAAACACGGUGCCUAUAUCUACAAGAAUCUGGAGAGUGCUGAAAAGGGGAAAUUUUCGCCAGAGGAAAUCAUGGAUGACAUUGAGCGCAAUGCAUGCCCGGGUGCUGGCGCAUGUGGCGGCAUGUACACUGCCAACACUAUGUCCACGUCCAUUGAGGCCAAGAUGCGCGAAUGUGCCAAAGCUGCAGCUGCCAUCCGCGUCUGCAUGGAAAAGAACAUCACGCCCCGGAAACUACUCACCAAGGCCUCCUUCGAGAAUGCCCUCGUCAUGAUGAUGGUCCUCGGCGGCUCGACCAACGCCGUCCUGCACAUGCUCGCCAUGGCCGGUACAGCAGGCGUCCCCUUAACCCUUGACGACUUCCAGCGCGUGUCCAACAAAAUUCCCUUCCUCGCCGACCUCGCCCCCUCUGGCCGCUACAUGGCUGCCGACCUCUUUGACAUUGGCGGCAUGCCCUCCGUCAUGAAGCUCCUCGUCGCCGCGGGCCUCCUUGACGGUAGCAUCCCCACCGUUACCGGCAAGACCCUCGCAGAAAACAUCGAGCCCUACCCUUCCUUGCCGCAAGAUCAGGUCCUCAUCCGCCCCCUCUCCAACCCCAUCAAAGCCACCGGCCACAUCGAGAUCCUACGCGGCAACCUCGCGCCCGCCGGCGCCGUGGCGAAAAUCACGGGGAAAGAGGGCUUGAUAUUCCGCGGUAGGGCGAUGGUAUUUGACAAGGAACACCAGCUUGACAAGGCGCUGAAUGAAGGUCGUAUUCCGCAUGGCGAGAAUAUCGUCGUUGUCGUGCGCUACGAGGGACCGAAGGGUGGCCCGGGUAUGCCCGAGCAACUCAAAGCCAGCGCGGCGAUUAUGGGCGCGAAACUCACCAACGUCGCGCUAAUUACGGAUGGGCGGUAUAGUGGUGCCAGUCACGGGUUUAUUGUCGGGCACAUGUGUCCAGAAGCGGCCGUGGGUGGCCCCAUUGCUGUGGUUAGGGAUGGGGAUGUUAUCACUAUUGGUAAGUCGUGUUGCAAAGUCGGAGAGAGAUGGUGA